AUGCCAGUGGGUAUGGGAAUCAAUGGCUUCGGCCGCAUUGGUCGCUUGGUCUUCCGUGCUGCCUCCGGCAACCCAGACGCCGAGGUGAAGGCCAUCAACGAUCCUUUUAUGGAUUUGGAGUACAUGGUGUAUCAACUGAAGUAUGACAGCGUGCACAAGACCUUUGGAGGCACCAUUGCAGCCAAGAAGGAUGCUGGAAAAGAAUUCUUAGUUGUGAACGGCAAGGAAAUCGCCGUCUUCCACGAGAAGGACCCUGCGGCCAUCAAGUGGGGCGAGAGCGGGGCUGAGUACGUCUGCGAAUCCACAGGAAUCUUCACCACACAAGAGAAGGCGGCUCUGCACAUUGGUGGCGGAGCCAAGAAGGUGAUCAUCAGCGCUCCACCCAAGGAUGCCGUGCCCAUGUACGUCAUGGGUGUGAAUCAUGAGAACUACAAGAGCAGCGAUACCGUGGUCUCCAAUGCAUCCUGCACCACCAACUGCCUUGCUCCUUUGACCAAGGUGGUUCACGAGAACUUUGGCAUUGUGGAGGGGUUGAUGACCACCGUCCACGCCAUGACCGCCACCCAGCUGACCGUAGAUGGUCCCUCCCGUGGUGGCAAGGACUGGAGAGGAGGCCGAUGUGCCUCGCAGAACAUCAUCCCCUCCUCCACGGGGGCUGCCAAGGCUGUGGGCGUAGUCAUCCCUGACAUGAAGGGGAAGUUGACCGGUAUGGCCUUCCGGGUGCCCACGCCGGACGUCUCGGUGGUGGAUCUCACCUGCCGCCUGUCGAAGCCUGCGAAGUACGAGGAGAUCGUGAAGGCCAUCAAGGACGCUGCCGCGGGACCCAUGAAGGGCGUCCUGGACUGGACCGACGAGGAGGUCGUCUCCACGGAUUUCGUGACCUGCAAGGCAUCCUCCAUCUUCGAUGAGAAGGCAGGCAUCUCGCUGAAUGACAAUUUCGUGAAGUUGGUGAGCUGGUACGACAACGAAUGGGGCUACUCCAACCGCCUGGUAGAGCUAGCUAUCCACAUGAAGAAAGUGGAUGGAUGUGAACUGCCUGAAAGAACUGUACCGGAACUCUGUGCGUUCGCGGCUGCGCCCCAUGCCGUGGCCCGCGUUCAAUCUGAGCUUGAAGGAUUGGUCUCCAACUGUAUGGGAAUCAAUGGCUUCGGCCGCAUCGGCCGCUUGGUCUUCCGUGCUGCCUCCGGAAACCCAGAUGCCGAGGUGAAGGCCAUCAACGAUCCCUUUAUGGAUUUGGAAUACAUGGUCUACCAGCUGAAGUACGACAGUGUUCACAAGACCUUUGGAGGCACCAUUGCGGCAAAGAAGGAUGGCGGCAAGGAGUUUCUGGUGGUCAACGGCAAGGAAAUCGCCGUGUUCCAUGAGAAGGACCCAGCUGCAAUCAAAUGGGGCGAGAGCGGUGCAGAGUAUGUCUGCGAGUCUACAGGAAUCUUCACCACUCAAGAGAAGGCUGCCCUGCACAUCGGCGGAGGGGCCAAAAAGGUGAUCAUCAGCGCACCUCCCAAGGAUGCUGUGCCAAUGUACGUCAUGGGCGUGAACCACGAGAACUACAAGAGCACCGACACAGUGGUCUCCAACGCUUCUUGCACCACCAAUUGCUUGGCGCCAUUGACCAAGGUGGUGCAUGAAAACUUCGGCAUCGUUGAGGGCCUGAUGACCACCGUCCACGCCAUGACCGCCACCCAGCUGACGGUGGAUGGACCUUCGCGCGGUGGCAAGGACUGGCGCGGUGGACGUUGCGCCUCUCAGAACAUCAUCCCAUCCUCCACCGGAGCUGCCAAGGCGGUGGGCAAGGUGAUCCCUGACAUGAACGGAAAGCUGACCGGUAUGGCCUUCCGCGUGCCCACGCCGGACGUCUCGGUGGUGGAUCUCACCUGCCGCCUGUCGAAGCCUGCGAAGUACGAGGAGAUCGUGAAGGCCAUCAAGGAUGCAGCAGCAGGACCCAUGAAGGGCGUUCUGGACUGGACGGAUGAGGAGGUGGUCUCCACCGAUUUCGUGACCUGCAAGGCUUCCUCUAUCUUCGAUGAGAAGGCUGGCAUCUCCCUGAACGACAACUUUGUGAAACUGGUGAGCUGGUACGACAACGAGUGGGGCUACUCGAACCGCUUGGUGGAGUUGGCGAUCCAUAUGAAGAAGGUGGAUGGAUGA